AUAUAUGUUUUGGUGUGCCUUGGCAGUGCUGGGGCAUAAUAUUUAGCUCGCGCCGGCGGUGGUGGUUGUGGAACUCACGGGGAGCCCCAGGACUUAACGCUGUUCUCAUUGUGAAGCUCAGCGAUAGAGCCCGAAGGCUCACGUGAGGUACGAGGUACAGCUUCAGAGUCUCCGACAUUUCCCUCGGCCUUCGCCUUCACCUUCGUUGGCCUUCAGCCUUCAAUUUCUUCGGCCUUCACCAUCAACUUCCCGUUUCAGGCUCUCACGUCGUUUGCUCUUCACAGUUCGUCUCCUCGUCACCUUGUACUCCGUCUCCUCCUUCGAGAGAUCUGCUGGAACUGGGACACGAGUUUAAGAGAUCUUCUGUAUUUGGUUUGCAUAAUUGCGUUUAUUCAAUUUGUCAGUCUUCUAGUUCUUUCGACUUGAUUUAAUUUUGAAUUGCUUACACGAUAUUUCGGUUCGAAGUAUCGCUCAAUCUUUGAAUUUCCUUCUCCAGUUCUAUCUCUAUAUGUAAAUUACUCCCUGACAAUAGUCUGGCUUCCAGGCCUCUUGCUCCCCUAUCUCACAAUUGGAAAUAUUAUAAAGAUUACAGUUUAUGGCAGCAAAAUGGUCUCCUUUUACUUUCCAUUUCCGCUGGACUGCAGCUUGUAUGCUGAAUUAUCUUUUUCCGUUCCAUAUUUACUUUCAAUACCUUCAAACAAGUAUUUUAUGUUUACCAGGGUGCACAGAUAUUUGUGUUGUCUUGGUGCUUUCCUUACAUAUUGCUUUCGCAAGAGACGAUUCAGAAUACAACCGGCAGUCCUGAGCAUGCUUGUUCCCGAUUGUGGAUGAAUUCUUUGCAAAGCAAAUUAAGUUCAAUGAUGAAUAUAAACUGCUUCGGAAGGAAUCUCUUCUCCGCCUCAUUCCCCCUUCCCGCUGUGCAACUUCCUGCAAAAAAGUAUGAAAUGGUUUUGGGGAAGUUCAUUUUUGGUAUAUUUUACCAGAUGAAGUGAAUAGCGCAAAUCUACUAAAUCAAUAUACGGAAAUUUUAUCACCAUGUGAAAAAGAAAACAUCUUCCGCAUGAGAGGGGAACUGCUAAAGAAAAGAGCACUGUUAGCUCGUACAUUAGUUCGCACUACCUUAGCAAGAUACCAGACGAAUUGUCAGAUUGAUCCAAAAUCCUUAAAGUUUGCGAAGAACACUUAUGGAAAGCCUGAGGUAGACUGGCAAUAUUCUGAUGAUUGGAGCCUGCCGCCAUUGCAUUUUAAUAUCUCACACACUUCAUCGUUGAUAGCUUGUGGAGUGACAGUGGAUUCUCCAAUUGGCAUUGAUGUGGAAGAGAAGAAAAGAAGGUUAAAGAAUAAUAUUUUAGCUUUUGCCCGACGAUACUUUACUCAGCAUGAAUUGGAAAUGCUGACUGGCAUUUCAGAUCCUGAAACUCAACGACAGGAGUUUAUAAAAUUGUGGACUCUGAAGGAAGCUUAUGUAAAAGCACUGGGCAAGGGCUUCUCAGCUUCACCUUUUAAUACAUUUACUGUUCGAUUAAGGGACUGCUUGAAAAAAGGCAUAUGUCAUUCGCCUCAUCUGAUUUCUGAGGUACCCAAAAUAAUUAUUGAAUCAUCUGGUGAUCGCAAUGAUCCCUCGGGAAACUGGCAAUUUGUGCUUCUGGAGUUGUUGCGUUCUCAUUAUGCUGCUAUUUGUAUGGAGCAGGACACGAUCUCUGGAGGCAAUGGUAGCGUUCCAAUAAAUCUGACCAUACGGAAAACGAUCCCUUUCGUUAAAGAUGAACAUAUAUCCGGGACUGACGUUGUAGUAGUUGGUGGAUUGACUAGACUCUUGGGUCCUGCAUAAUGACAACAGCGCAAGAAGUGUCACUCCUAUAUAUCGUGCACAACUUGUAUACUUGAUUAAUUUGUGUACUCUAUCUGAAUGUAAGGCUUAUUUCCCAUUUUCCAGUGACAAUUUUGUGAUAUAUGAUUAAAAAGUUGGUGGUGAUUGUGAUCUUUUUGGUUCCCGUGAGCACCGAAAUGAGAGAACCAAUUAGCCCAC